AUGACGGCCAACUGCGAAGACAGUAAGGAGAAGGAGGCAAAGGCGAAAACGAGCAUUGUUUCCCAUUCACUUGCGGUACAAGAGCGAAAAGACUCUCGAGGAUUGACCCUGGAAGAGCAGAAAGGCAUCAAGCUGCUGAACGGAGCCCCACCACAAGGCGGCCCCGCGGACCCCGAUGCCGUCGGCUUGGAAACGUGCUUGGCGGCCGUUUACUGCACGGGAGAAUCUCCCCAAGAGGGCUUGGACAUCUUCAAGUAUUUGCUCCAAUUUCGGUCGGUGCGAAAACGGAGAGAUCGCAGCAUAUCGCAGCCAUGCCGACUUGUGUCUUGGCGACCCGCCACCCCAACUGACCCCUUCGGAAAGAAGCCGGAAGGCUGGAUCUACCAGCAGCUCCGCGAGGCAAAGUCGACAUGGGAACAGGAAGCGAAUGGAAGCGAGUACGUACGCAGCCUGAUUCCGGAGAACGCCCUGCUCUCACCGCCCGUGUACCGAGACGACGUGCCCGCAGCCAAGCCCCACCCGAAGCGGGUAACCACGGCACAGCUGGCCGACCAGUUGGGAUCGAUCAGCCAGCUCUUGCCCACCAUCACCAGCCAGCUGAAGGACAUCUCCGAGAAGCAGCGGGCCCUAGAGGCAAAGGUAGAGAGCCGGCCGGCCGAGCCCGCUCUGGCUCCGCAUCGGAAGCUCUUCGUGUUUCCCACUGCAAAGGCAGGCAUAGGUGCAUCAGGUGCAGGUGCUCUGGCUUCUCAGGUGGGCCCUCCGCCCGUGACUCGGCCUCCCAAGGCGACUGCGCCUGUCCUCGCCGAGGACGGCCCUUUGCAAGACGCGCUGGAGCUCGGGGACCCUACUGCAGGAGGGCUCGGCGAAGGCCUGGCAACUGCGGCCCUGACACAGCAAACUCAGGCCCUGAUUCAGCUGGUGGCGCACCUGAUCCAGAGCUCCGACGGGGGAGCCGACUUCGGGGGCAGCCAGGGGGCCCCGGGCCUCUCGUCAAAGGGCAGUGCGAAAAGAGAGCGCCUCCUCGCCGAGCUGGCCGAAAGGAACGGCUCUUUCAUGCUGGCUGUUGCCCAGCGGGGCUUCCGCCGCGUUCACCUAGGCCAAUAUCUGGAGAGGUAUGGAGGGUAUGGGGCCGAGAGGGAGCUCGGCCUCACUAUGCACAUGACCACCCAGAUCGCCGACGUCCUUUUGUUUGGGGAGACAGACGCCCUGGAUCUGCUGGCCCUGAUGAUGACCUGCCUGGAGCAGGUCUGCCAGGACGGUGGAAAGUGGGAAGUGGGGCUGAGGGCCUGGGCUCCUUUGUGCCCGGCCCCGUGGGCAACCACCGCCUUGUCCUUUGCCUGCACGACCUUCUGGCGCCAUGUUUUAAUUCCCAGGUUCUUUGCUUGCAUGACCUUCUGGCGCCAUUUUAUAAUUCCUCAGCUCGCCCAGCUUCGCCUCGACGAGCCAGCCCUCGGGCUUGUGACCCCGCCUCGCCGCCUCCUGCUUGGCGAGGUUUCUGACAGCCUCACCGCCCUCGGGUUCUCCUCGGACAAGUACGGGCCCAGCUUCCCUGGGCUGCUUAAGUUGUCGGGCAGGGCGAACUGGGAUCCAUCGGAUUACCUCGAUGACCUCUUCUACUUGCCGUUCCGGGUCCCGGACCUCUCUAGGGAAUCUGCUGUAAAGGUUUAUGACCUCGCCCGCCGCUGGGAUAGCUUUGGCCUGCUCCGCCUGGCGUGCUCUGGGCCCUCUCCUAGGCAGGAGUUUUCGAUAUCGGUGACAGAUCCGACUUCUACCACCAAUUGGCGGCGAGGCGAGCCGAGCAAGAAGCUCUUUGCCUGUUUUAGUGCUGUGCUUCAGGGGGAUGCGCUGGGAGUGGAAGUUACUGUGCGGGGGGCCAUACUUUUCCACAUGGAGCCCCCGAGGUCUGUUGCAGACGAGCUCAUCGUUGCCGCCACGCUGUCGGGCAAUCGUGCAGAGCCCCAUCAGCAAAGAGACCACUUCGCUUCUUUGGAGCUCUACCUCAAAGGGCUCGUCGCCGAAGCGCCCCCCAGCCUGCCGCUUCCACUACCUCCAGCUCUGGGGACCUCUGUGGAAUAUGAUCCUAGCUCUGUGCGUGUGUUCGAGUGGGCUGCCUUUCUUGUCGAGGCCUGGCAGGACCUUUGCAAGAAAAGGGAGGUUCAGGUCGACCAGCUCUCGCUUGGCAGCCCUGGGGGAGGUACGCUGUUCCUGUCGGUCGGAUUCCCUCCUUUUGAGCUCCUGUCACAGAGCUGGCGCCGCGACCUUCUUGUGCAGCCUCCUGAACCAGGCCUCGGCGAGGCGGUUUGGCUCGAAGCCGCUGCUGCUUUCGACUUCUCCCUCUGUCUUCGCUCCCAGGCUCUUGCCAGCUGCCGUCUCGACACAGAGGGUCUCGAGACUCCCCUCGUCAACGACCUCGCGCUGUCUUCAAAGUGGACAACCCUGCGCGUUUGGAACUGGCCGGGCUCGGUGCACAUCAACAUUCUUGAGUGUUCCUGCGUCUACCGGCUGCCCGUUGCUCAGGUCCUCCGCAGGAUCUUUGCAGUCGGUCUUGCCUUUGGACUGUACCCAAGUGCUGAGAUCCCAGACCCCUUGCCUGGCCGACUGGGCCACCUUGUGGGUUAUGGCGCGCUGCUUCCGCUCACCCGGAUCGUCCCGUCUAGGCGUUGGGCCUCGAACUGGCUCCGGCUGUUCUUUGGACUUACCGGCUACAGGCCCUUGGGCGCUGGCGAGGCUUACCGGUACCAGGGCCGCUCCUUCCGGGCCUUUGUUCCCUGCCCUCUAAGCUUCUGCUCUUUUGGCUUGGUCCCUUCCUACCUGGACUUUGUGUGGCCCCCUCGGCCUUCCUCGCCUCCCCUUGUGGACUUCGAUUCCUCACUUGGCUUUCCUGGUGAAGGGCCCCAGGCCGAUAGAAACGGCUUCCCUCGUCCUUUCAGGCCUCCCUUGGUGGACUUCGAUUCCUCGCUUGGCUUUCCUGGUGAAGGGCCUCUGUACCAGAGCAAGUGCGCCUUCCCCCUUAGGUUCUUCGUUCUCUUGUGUCUUCAGGGAGUUCAGGGUCCGGUUCCUUUAGCUGCGAGCCAUGGCCUCCUACUGCCGCGUUCUGCCAGAGACCGCCAGAGACAGGAGCGACGCGGAACCGGUGACCUUCCUGCAGGACGUCCUGUCGAGACUGUUACACAGAAAAACCGCGAGGCUCUCUGGGCCUCUUUCUGCGAGUGGCUUGCCACAGCUGGAAUCGAGCGCGGACUUUUCGAGACAGUUGAGGGCCAGCAGGACAUCGACGGCAUUAAUGCCAUACUCGGGAGGUAUGGUCGCGAGCUCUAUAGGGCUGGCCGUCCCUACGCACACUACUCAGAGACCCUGAACGCUUUUAGCAGCCGGGUGCCGAAGCUCAGGAGGCUUCUUCAGCCGGCCUGGGACGUCGCCUUCGCUUGGAGGAGAGAGGAGCCCUCCCUUCACCACGCUGCUAUGCCGUGGCAGGUGCUGGUCUCCUUGGUCGCCACCGCACUGCUAUGGGGAUGGGUAAAAGUUGCUGGAGCUCUGGCCCUCGCUUGGGGGGGCCUCCUUCGGAUUGGUGAGGUCCCGGGUGCUCUCCGAUCCGACCUCCUGCUGUUCUCAGCUGCAAGGCACCAGGCUGUAAGGGUCGACCAGCCGAACCUGCUCGCGGUCCUUGAGCUCGUCUACCAGAAGGUUCCUUCAGGGUGUAAGCUCUGGCCCUUUUCGGGUCAGACCUUACGCUCGCGCUUUCAGCAGCUGUGCUCCGCAUUACAGCUGCCGAUCGGGAGAUCGCCUGGAAAGAACGGCCUCGAGCUCUCUUCUCUGAGAGCCGGAGGCGCUACCUGGUUGAUGAAUACAGUCGAAGAUUCUGAAUUUGUCAGGCGCCGUGGAAGAUGGUUAUCCCAUCGGAUAAUGGAAAUCUACAUUCAGGAGGUGACCUCUUUACAGUUUCUUCCGACUCUCCCGGCUCCCGCGCGAGAGAAGGUGUUUCUGGCUCUCGAAACGUUUCCAGUGAUACUUGACCGCGUGGUUUUCUUCGCCUCUGUCGGCAUUUUGCCGACAGUCUGGUACAAGUUGCUGGCCGCGGAUUCGUUCACGAUGACGGAUGGGAGGACUGCGGGUGGCAGGCUGCGCAAUGCAGUAGCUGCCCAACAUGGGCGGCAUGUGAACUUCCCUUUCGCUCGGCAGAAGGGAAAAGAGUGA